GUUCAUUUCAAGCAAAGUAUAAGAAUGUUUAUUGAAGGUAUUAGGCCGCUCAUAUGUAUUAUGAAGGUAUUUCGGUCAGAGUUUGUUUUGACGCUAUGAAUUAUUGUUCAGGAAUUAUUGAGUUAAAAGGGGAUUUUAAAAACAUUUGAUUAUGAAACUAAAAUCGAAGCAUAAGCGUUUACAUUUUUUUAACUCACAAAAGAGAAUAUGUAUAUAAUAUAAUCGCUGAAUUGUACCGAUAUCUUGGGUUUACUUUACACACAAUCUGAGUCACCUUCAGUAUUAUUGUGAAAGAGGAAGUACCUGAUCUAAAAAUAACACUCUGUUAGUCGCAUUCGAAAGUUUUCUCCAACGUAGGUUUUCACGCAUUCAUGGUUUCUUCAAUGGCUCGUAACAUUGUUUAGUCACUAUUAUCUAACUGAACUAUUCAGAAUACAUAUUAAUUCCAGGUCGAGAUUUUUGCCCAGGUGGGAUGUUUCAAGCUUUUUUUGCUCGGUUAUAGUUUUUUGUUAUUUGCAACAUUUCCCAAGUAUGAAGAAUUAGAAAGAAGGAUUAAAGUUCUUACGCUCGUUUUAAUGUAAUCCGGACAUUCGGAUCAUUAUUAAGCUUGUUUUUAGAAUGUUGGGUUGUAAGCACGACUCUUGGGUGUGUGUUUCUGUUAUUAUUUAUUUAUGGAUCUCCAUUUCGCUGUUCUGGUCUGUCUCGCAAAGGAUACCAUACAUGACUGUAAUUCUUUGCGUAAUUGAUACGGAUAUCAUCACACUACUCUUCCAUCACUGAUUCAAUGUCAUGUGUUGAUUUAGAUGCGUUUUGAGAUUUCAUUGAAUUCUAAAACACCUACAGAAAGACUGACGUUUUGCAAUACACUUUGGCAGGAAAUAGGCUCACCGGGAAGUAUGGUGCUGGGCUUCCUCUAGCGUGCGCCUUCUUUGUGCGCAUGCUAAUAAUUCAAAUAAGGCAAGCUGUGCAGUGCAUGCAUGUUUUGUGUGUUCGCGCGCAGUACUCGUGUCAUACGGUCGCUGCGUGGGUAGCCUCAUACAUUAUUAUGACUCUCUACAGGGCGUUGUUGUAUUUUUAAGUUUCUGACAGUACUUUGUAUAUAUGUAAUAGUUUCAAAAGACUGUUCAUACCGGAUUCAAGGAAGGAAAAGUUAGCUGAUUUUCAAUUGAAUUUUGAUGUAAAUUUUUAUUUUUAAACGUAUUUAUCAUCUGUACUUUUCAGUUACUUUAAUUGCGUACAAGAGACAAAAUACCAUUGUAUACUUUUUGGCUGUCUGAUAUCUUGCCCGGCUAUCAUAAUGGGUUGUACACCUUCGAAAUCUGAAAAUGAUCGCAGUGCGAUGAACAAGUCAAAAGAAAUCGAUAAACAACUUAAAAAAGACGCGGAAAAUGCCAGAAAGGAAGUCAAGCUACUGUUGCUUGGUGCUGGUGAAUCAGGGAAAAGUACAAUUGCCAAACAAAUGAAAAUUCUUCAUCAAGAUGGUUUUUCAGAAGAAGAAAGACGAAGUUUUAGAGCAGUUGUCUACACCAACACUGUUCAAUCUAUGGUCGCAAUAGUAAAGGCGAUGGAAUCUCUCAAUAUUGAAUAUGACGAUUCCGAGAGGGAAGGUGAUGGCAAAAAAGUUCGAGCCGCCGGACAAACAAUGGAAGAAAUCGAUAUUACAACGGAUAUAGGAGAUGCAUUAAAACGAUUAUGGAAAGACGAAGGCGUACAACGAUGCGUAGGACGUUCGAGGGAAUAUCAACUUAACGAUUCUGCUUCAUACUACCUAGAUGAUUUGGACAGAUUGUGCGAAGCCGAGUACAUUCCCACCGAGCAAGACGUCUUGCGAACAAGAGUAAAGACGACGGGUAUUAUCGAGACAACUUUCCAAUACAAAAACCUCAAUUUUACGCUAAUUGACGUCGGUGGCCAGAGAAGUGAACGAAAAAAGUGGAUUCAUUGCUUUCAAGACGUGACUGCCAUCAUUUUCUGCGUCGCGAUGUCAGCAUACGAUCAAGUUUUAGCCGAAGACGAAGAGACUAAUAGAAUGGUCGAGAGCUUAAAAUUGUUUCAAUCUAUCUGCAAUAAUCCAUUUUUUGCAAAAACCUCCAUGAUUUUGUUCCUCAACAAGAAGGAUCUGUUCGAAGAAAAAAUCAAGAAAUCACCACUCACCCUCUGCUUCAAGGAUUACGAUGGGGAAAACACGUACGCCGCUGCGUCGGAGCAUAUAAAGGAACAAUUCGAGGCAGCAAAUAGAAAUAACUCCAUGAAAGAAAUCUAUACACAUUUUACAUGUGCAACAGACACUGGGAACGUGCGUUUCGUGUUCGACGCAGUUUCCGACGUUCUCAUGAGAAAAAUUAUCGAUAACGUGUUUGGUUCAGGAUGAUUCUAUAAAAGGUGGGCGAGUCGAUGUGCAAACCCUGAAACCUAAUGCUGGGACGGGCGUCAAUCCCGCUGCGUAAUGGAAAACUUUGUAAGAACAUUUUUGAGAGUUAGCACAAAGAAUAUACUUUUCAUAAUAAAUCCCUCUUGUUUGAGGCAAUUACGUGCAAUGUUGCAAGUUGGCUCAGUUGUGCCCCACAGUAAAUUUUGCUUAUGUUGUCCAAUUGAUAUGUGACACCAUAUUUAUGAUCAAGUCUUAUUUGAUUUAUGCGUAUUCAUUGGAAGAAUUGACCAAAUCAGGACAACUGGGGAGUUGGUACAUUGAUGUUCCAUUUUUACUGUCAAUGAGGAUUUAAGCUGCUGCAAUUGUUACAAUAUUAAGGAAUAAAGGGUCGGAUAUAACAAGAAUAUGACCACAUGAGGUAUACACGAAUAGAAUAUGAAUUUUACGCUCCUAGUCCUCUUUUAUAGCGCGAUAUUCAACCUUAGUUUGUUUUGAGAUGGCAUCCGUAUGGACUUCUGGUCACCGCGGCUGUAUGGUCUAUAUGGCCAGCUUGCGAUAAUGAUGACUAUAGGAUGAUAAUUAGAUUACCAUGUGAGUCAAUUCAUCGCUUUUAGAGCCUGGAUAGGCAAGCCUGUUAGUCUCGGUCUCAUCUGCAACCCUCUAAAAUUGGCAGCGAUUAAUAAUUGGACAAACAUUGCAUUGGUUUUAAAAUCUGAUUACCCCCACGGAAAUAGAUUAGAACGACUUUUCGUUGACCUAAAUAAACUAUUUGUUGAGCGACUGUUGUAUCCUGACUUUAUUUUCGCGAUGUAUUGUUAUUUUGACGUCUGUUUACCACUCUACCUUUGACAAUGUACAAUUUGCCCUCAUUUCUUUUCAAGUAUAAAUUAAAGUCAAACAUAGUGAUAAGUAGGUAGGAUUGAUUUCUCCUUGUUUGCAUUCAAUAAACGUCUAAAAUGAUUUUCCACCCAUUCAACAUGAACGUAACUAUCGAUGUUCACUGAUCACUCAAAAUCUUCGAUGAUUUUUAUGUUUAGUUAGCUUCAGUAUAGAUAAAUUUUUACAAUUUAGUCGCGUUUACUAUUUUUAUGCUAUGCCGCAUAAAUAAAAUAAAAUACCUAUUAAAUAUUAUUGGUCACUUAUUUGCAGCAUGUAUUUAUUUAUUGUUAAAUUUCAUAAACACACAUAUACAUACAUAUACACCUGAACGUCCACCAGAUUAAUUAAUAUAUCUGGUUGUGGACAACGAAUGACGGUUAUUUCAUAAUUAUGUUCGUAUUUGUCACGAUCAACUAAUCAGUGGAAUUUUCCAAUUAGAUGCAUUAUCGCAAUUAGAAAAGUCCCACUGGAUAUUCGCAGAUCUAUUAUUAUGCCGCUAUGUCGUCUGUAUUUUAGAUUCUGUUUUGGUAAUUACGUUUUUUUCUAAUAACGAUUUUUCCCAAACAACUCUCAAACGACUUGCGAAGCAUGUUGUAGCAAAUUUCACUCAUUAGUAAAGACUCCACCAUGCGUAUACUUUGCACUAUUGUUUUAUAGAUAUCAUAGGUCGUACAUUGCAUAUAUAAUAUUGGAAUGGUUCUAAAGCGUUAUUCAAGUCAAGCGUUUGCCAUUGAUAUCCUUUUGCAACUUGUUCAAACAGAUUUGCAUCUCGAAUGUCCCCUCACUUAGGAGUUAUUGAAAUCAAAGUAUUAUAUCAUGACAACUUAGCUGGAAAUUUCUUUUAAACUAGAAGUUGUUAAAAAAAAUCAGAAUUUUAAAUUUUGACUACUCGGACCGAUUUUAUCGCAGGAUUGACGUCUUCUUAUACCUCCAAGCCAUCCCUAAAAUGAACAAGCAAAUCCUUAGGAUCAAUAAACACAAUUGAACAUGCGUCGGCCUAAGAGUCUGCUUUUACGAAUCUCAUUAUGAAUUGAUAACAGCUGGAGGGGAGGCCUGCUGAGCGUCAUCACCCCCCAUAAAUAUGCUUGCUUGUAUCGAGUGUAAUAAUUUCAGACCCCACCAUAUAUUUUGGUUAUCACACGGUUGUUCCCGUCCAGUCCGAAUUUUAUAAGCAAUAUCUCUUUAGAGUGAUUUUUAGCGAUCAUAAAUAAGCUAUUGUUUUUAGCUUAACAUAUGAGCUAAAUUAGUCUUUUAAUUGGGGCCUCGAACAUUGAAUAUAACUAAUGAC